AUGCUCACCUCCCCGAAUCUGCGCGCUCUGAGCUCGUGCGGACAACACAAGGGACCAGAUAUACAUUCAUAUCUUACAUCACAAGCUCGCUUUGCCAAAGUUCACGCUACGGAAGGUCGUCAGGCUCGAGAAUCCUGGGACACGAACGAACUGACCCAGGGCAAAGCAAACGCCCCUAUCCCACCUAUUGCCUCUGUCUGGACGUCUGGAUUUGAUACGCCAGUUCUAAAGGCUCGGACCAUCGAACCAAAGGACAAACUCGGUACUCGUAUCAAUGCUGCGCAGGUGAAGGUGAAAGAAUCUGAAGAAACCGCCCGUAUCAGUACGAAGACGAGCAGAAAGAAGGGCACCUCCCCGCCGCGAUCUCCGCCACCCGCGAAGGCCAUAUCACGACCAGCAGCCCUAUCGCCCAAACGCAUAGCAAACAAGAAGCGCAACUCGGAGAAGGAACUCAAGAAACGCCCGGCGCACGACACAGAUGACGAGCAAACGCAUCAUCUCACUGAACGAAGGGAGCGAAAACGUGCGAGGCGCGAGAUCAUGAAGCCAACCGCUCCACAACCUCCAUCCGAGACAGGGGUAGACGAGGGCGACGAUGAGCGAAUCACUCUGAAGAAAUCCAAGGGCAAGAAGACCAAAGCCAAGGCUCCGAAGAUGCCGGCAGGACUUGCUCUUAUGCAUGGUUUCUCGGCAACCAAUGUAGGGAAACAUAGGCUUACGCUCGAUCCAAGAAUUGCCCCGGGCGUAUUCGGGAGGGGCAAGGCAUCUGCUAAGGCUGAUGCCAGGAAGCAGUCGUUUUCCAAAGGAAAUCAUCAAUAUGGGUUCUCCGAGGAUCUAUUUCUUCGUGGUACUCGACAAUCUGCUUCUCGCAAACGCCGCCAGCCUUCUUCAGACGAGACGAACGACUCCGCGUCGACGACAUCCUCCAGCUCACCAACACAUCCAGACCCGCCUCUCUUUUCCCACAGGGUCGUGAAGCAGAAAGCCUCCGCACGUGCCACGAGACCAUCGCCGAAAGCUAGGGUGUCUAAAGGACCGCCUUCUCAGUUUAGCUCAAGUGCUCCAAAGAGACACGCCGGCUCGCACACUCCUCAGCACACUCCUCAGCACUCUCCAAGUCGUCACACAGCCUCUGAAGUUUGGGACAUCGAGAUAGAGGACCGUCUCUUGCCUUCGGGAUCAGGCAUCUCCGUUGCAAGCGCUAAUGCGGCCGAUCACUCAGACACUGGAAAUGCUCCGCCCUCUCCGUUGAACCACGUUUGCUCAAAUCCUCUUGAUGCUCUUGUUGCGCCUUUCCAUCCAAAAACACUCUCCGAAGAUCCUCAGCUUCCUGAUACCGCUCUUCAGAAUGCGGUUUUGCACGUAGAACAUGUGCGGUCCGACUCUUCUCUAGGCCCCUCUGAAUCUGCGUCUCAGGUCCUUCAGCAUGCCCUACAGCAAAGGGCUACUCUGGCUACGCGUUCCAGGUUUUUCACAGAUCAAUCUCCCUUGGUGGAGUCGAAGACAGUGCCUCAUAAUAUUCAGUCACAGCAUUUCAAUGAGCAGGCGUAUCUUCCACCAACGUCAUUACAGCCAACUCGUAAUAACCUGAUAUCCACACCUUCCAAAGACAAGAAAGGCUCUUUAUCUUCCUACGGUCAUACCCAUCAUGUGCACUCUGUACGACAACCUUCCCCCAUGGCAGCUCCACUCAUUCAGCGCGCUUGCUCGUCGUCCCACUCUCUGGAGCGAGACCUCACCUCCCUCACGGAUCUUGCUGGCUAUCAGCCUUGCUUGGAAACAUCUCUCUCGAGUAUGCUUCGCUAUGACAAUUCAUCCACAGCCAAUGUCCUGCAGGAUCAUCGACGUCAAUAUUCACCUAUCAGUCGCUGUUCUGUCUCUCCAUCGUUGCCUAUCUCCUAUCUCUCUGCCGAAUUCAUGCCAUCGAAUCUGCUCGCCAUCUAUCCGGACGAUUCAGCCGGGCACGCCUCAGAGGUCCUUCUAGACGACAAUUUCACACCGUACUCCCUCCGUGACGACAUCGAAAACCAGGGGAUGCAUACUGAAUACGAUUACCCUGCCCAUGAGCACUUUUCCUCCGUGGUUUCCGACGACGAAUAUCACUAUCAGCCCGGAGGCGUCGACGAUAAUUUUGAUGCAAGCGGCUAUGAUGGCGUCGAAUUCAUGGACUAUAUGUCUGACCACGGCCAGAACUACACCGUUCCACCACAGGAAAAUCUCCAGCUCACACAGUCUUUGAUGACUUCGCGGAGUGAUCAUGGGGAUUUCCUAGACAUCCCUGACGCUUACAACAAUAAUACAGAAACCGAGGCACUGGAGGGGCACGAAGGACAGUGGGGCUUACAAGGAAGAGCACUUUUAAUGGGAUUAGACCGCGAGUCUCGUGGUGACACUCUGGCGAUGGGUGGUACUCGCUCUGCGGGCGUUUGGCGGGCUGAAGAGGAUGUUGCGCGAUCUUUGAGAAACCAUUGGCUUCCUCAGAGAUCAUGA